UGACAUAAACAGAUAAAAUAAAGUGAGCAAUGACUAGUAUUAAAGUACUUUUUGUUAUGAAAUUCAAUACAAUAUAAGGUUUUUCAAAAUUUAGUGACAGUCAGUUGAACAGGAUUUCGUUAAUUAUAAUUUUGUUAUCUGUUAAAAAUCUUGUUAGAAUUUAUUAUUGUGAUAAUACUCGCGCGUAUUAGAUAAGGGUCAUCCGGUAAUACUGAUCCAUUUUGAAACACAAGAUUGAUAGAAAACUGCGGUGGAAAUGACUGAGUACGGGAAAUUCGGACCUCUCGUCGGCGCCAUUGACGAGGGCACCUCUAGCGCAAGAUUUAUCAUUUUCAAAGCCAACUCUUCGGAAGUCGUCGCGUUGCAUCAAAAAUCUUUGGAUCAGCAUUUCCCUCAGGAAGGGUGGGUUGAACAAGAUCCUAUGGCUAUUCUCGAAGUUGUGACAACAUGCGUAGAAAAAGCAGUCGAGAAACUAGAAGCAAUGGGCGGAAGAGCUAAGGAUAUAUUAGCAGUGGGAGUAACAAAUCAGCGAGAAACUACAAUAGUAUGGGAUCGUAAUACAGGAAAACCUUUGUACAAUGCUAUAGUGUGGCUUGACAUGAGAACAACAGCCACUAUAGACAAACUCCUGGACACUGUGCCUAACAAAACUAGAAAUCAGAACUAUCUUAAGCCGCUGUGUGGUUUACCACUGUCCCCGUACUUCAGUGCUGUGAAGCUUAGGUGGCUCAUUGAUAAUGUGGACUCAGUGAAGCAGGCUAUGAAGAAUGGCACAUGCUGCUUUGGUACUGUGGAUACUUGGAUUAUUUGGAAUUUAACUGGUGGACCCAAUGGUGGAAAACAUGUAACUGACGUGUCAAAUGCCUCAAGAACAAUGCUGAUGAACAUUGAAAACUUGAAGUGGGAUCCGUUACUGUUGAAGUUUUUUGAAAUCACAAGUCCUGUCCUGCCAGAAAUUAAAUCCAGUUCAGAGGUAUAUGGUUACAUAACUGAUGGACCACUCAGGGAAAUUCCAAUAUCAGGCUGCCUAGGUGAUCAGCAAGCCGCAUUAGUAGGUCAAAUGUGCCUACAGAGGGGUCAGGCGAAAGCUACAUAUGGCACAGGUUGUUUUGUGCUUUACAACACGGGUGACAUUCGUGUCAAUUCCAGUAGAGGUUUGCUGACUACUGUUGCUUUUCAGUUGGGUAGCAAAAACCCACCUGUUUAUGCUCUAGAAGGUUCGGUUGCUAUAGCCGGCGCUGCGUUGGGAUGGUUGAAAGAUAAUAUAGGAUUGUUGGAAAGUGCCAAGGACUCGCAAGAACUAGCGGAGAACGCAUCUGAAAACGGUAGUGUUGUGUUUGUGCCUGCCUUUAGCGGACUGUAUGCGCCCUAUUGGAGGCAGGAUGCUAGAGGGGUGAUCUGUGGCAUUACUGAGGACACAAAUUCAUCACACAUAAUCAAAGCAGCUCUAGAGGCCGUCUGUUACCAAGUCAGGGACAUUUUGGACGCCAUGAACGAGGACUGUGGGAUACCUUUACAGUUACUGAAGGUCGACGGCGGUAUGACGUCAAAUUCACUUGUCAUGCAAAUGCAGGCUGAUUUAAUUGGCAUCAACGUUAUCAGAGCAGGCUUCACUGAGAGCACCGCCUUGGGCGCAGCGCAAGUCGCCUAUUGGGGAGUCGACUCUUCUAAACCGGUCAUACCCAUACCUAUGACCGAUGGUACCACUUAUGUUCCCCGUAUCACAGAUGAUGAACGUGAUAUGAGGUAUAAACAAUGGAAAAUGGCCGUUGAGAGGUCUUUAGGAUGGGACCAAAAUUAGUAUUUAAUUGGAAUUGAAAAUUGAUAUUUUUGUGAUAUUUUAUUGUUCGUGUAAUUUUUUACACAUUGUUGAAGGUUCAUAUUGACAUAUGUAUUAGUUAGGUAUCGCCUUAUAGUGACUGUAGGUAUAUUUGCAAUACUGUAAGUAAGUAAGCAUAAAUACAAAUGGAGUUUGAAUAGGGGUGAAAAUGGAUUAUAUAAUCAGUGGGUUAAUAUGUGUAUAUUUAAGUCUCACGCUGUGUAUAGGUAUUAUGUGACUUAGGCGCAAAGUGCAUCUACAUAUAAUACCUGACUACGAUUUAGAGGGCAAAGCUCCCUGUUCAUCUACAUGUGGGUACAAUAUCAAAUAAACGAAGUAAAGAUGUAGUGAAUAAUCCUUUAUAAUCGAAUUUGCACGGAAAAGCACGAACUUGUUGUCAGUCUCGGUACAAAAAAGCACUGAGGUUGACUGAAGAAAGCAUGACAAAUAAAAACGUAUUCGAAAAAUACGAUGUGUAAGGAUUGUUCACUACAUUUGUAGUUAUUAUAAACAUAUUUUUCUCGUUGCCAAUAUUGAUAUACCUAUCAGAUAGAGUUAAGCAUGCUUUGUAGGUGUUCUUUCGGUCUAGUGCCGCAGUGAGAGAUGUUAAAGUAGGUACUAAACUUAAACGUCAAACGAUACAUGUAACGUUGCAUUAAAACAUCUAGAUAAACGAAUAUCAAAUGAGCAAAAUAGUGAUAACUAACAAAAUUUCGGAUACGGGUCAUUCUAAGUUGAGAGGUAAUUGAAUCAAAGAGAUAAUUUACAUAGAAAAUGCGGCACGACAUAAAUGUUAAAAUUUCUAUCUAAUUAUACAUACAAUACUUUUAUUAAAACAACUCUCCUGUGUAUACCUGCAAGGUCAUCAGUCAUUUUUUUAUUGCAUUUUAGACGAGACGAGGAAAGACUGUACUUUUUCUAUGUAAUUACAGAGAGUAGUCUCACCCCCGAUCUCACAAAAACAAGAAACAAUGAGAAUUUGACCAGCGACCAUACUGAUGAAAGCAAAUUCAUAUCUCUAGUGAAUAUUUUCUAAAAUUAUGCGUCAGUGGGACACUUUUUCAUGUGAAAACAGAUAAGUAUUUAUUUUAAAUAAAUGAAAAAGUAUUACUAUAAUAUAUGCGCAAAUUAUAGUCAAUAUACGAAUAAAAAAAAAGUUUUCUAUAGAUCAUUUUUAAAUUAGACUGGCCAGGGCAUUGUUUAGUGAACAGUAUCGAUAAUUAGAGAUGUCAUAAUCAAAAUGACGCAAUCAGAGCUAAAAGAUAGAGAGAAAAAGAAGAAACAAUUGCAUCGCGAUUAGGUUUAAAAUUGCAAUAAUAUAACUCAUAAACAAAACAUUUUUACAAUUACAAAGUAGACAAAAUUUGUCAUGAAUAUUUUUUAUGAAAAAGAAAAAAUGUAGAGGGAUUUAUGAAUAACAUUACAUGUAUAAUAUAAUAAUUUUAUGAAAUAUACCGACUUUAACAGACCCAAGGAAUUUAGACCUGGAUAAAAUUACCGAUUUUUUGUUUAACUAGGAAAGGACAGGCCAGGCCAAAUGAAAGACAUUUUGCUUGUUUGAAGUGUCAUUGUGAGAAAAAUAAGUUAAUUAAUACAUUUAAAUUAACUGUUCAUAAAGUAAAUGCAAUCUAUUAAGGGAUACUUAACGUAAUUUAAUUAUUAUUUUUAAGAAAUGUAUUGAUAUGUAUCAUAGACAUCGUUAAUACCUCUCAACUUAGAAUCACCCAUACAUGUUUUAAAAAUGAUGUAAUAUUAGAAUCAUGGAUCCCUUUACAUUCCUGUCGUUAUUGUGAAAAUCCGAAGCCCCAAUAAUUUUUGGAGGCCUGAGAAGAUGGCAAAUGACCCAGCCUUAUCUACCGUUAUUUUGUCAUUUGUCAAACGAUGAGCCAUAUAUCCUGUAUAUAGUGUAUAUCGUAGGGUCAACGGGUCACAAACGACUACAGAUUCUUUGUAUCUUUUUGAAGAGAGGGAACGUUUGAUGCGUAUUUGACCUAUUACACUUGAGCGACAAGGAAACUUCUCUAGUUAUAGGUAAUAUGCGAUAGCGCGCUCCACCUUGCUUCAAUUACCCUAUAGUUCGUUUUUUAGCAUUGGAAAGAAGGUAAGCCAACCUGAUGUGUAUUUUUUAUGAAAAAAACACAAAUUAAGUUGCGGCAAAUAUGUAGCAAUUAUACAUCAUAUAUACGCUUAUUUACAUUCAGUUGCUUUCAUAAGUAAUAUAAACAAACAGAUAAUAGUUAUUUACGAUACAAGUGCAGAAAAUAGGAAAUUCGCUACGAGUGGUGAUUAAUUAAAACAUGACCGAAGGGAGUGUUUUAAAUCGACACAAGUUGCGAAUAACCUAUUCGCACGUGUAUCGUACAACGUUUUACAGUACACAUGGCUCUUUAAAGUUUCGACAUACGCGUGGAAAGUGCUCAUUCAUUAUAGGACAUUAUUAUUACACAAAUUGACUAAGUUCCACAGUAAGCUCAAUGUGCUGUAGGUACUUAGACAACGAUAUAUAUGUAUAAAUAUUUAAAUUGAAAACAGCCAUGAUUCAGCAACAAGUAUCCGUGCUUAUCACACAAAUGAAUGCUCUUACCAGGAUUUGUACAUCGGCUUCAUUUGCAACAUUUUAAAAAGCCUUCUUUAAUAAUUUUCAAUAAAUAGACACGUCAAGAUUGUUUUACUUUUAUCUAAUGCUAAAAAACGAACUAUAGUUACCAGGUACAGGUUGAGAAUUCGUGGGGGGCCUUUCGUGGGGGUGUAUUUUUAUUUUAAAUCAUAGUCGUCAUCGGGUAUCGCAGAUAAAGCAGUGCUAAGACGCGUAAAGUAGUUUUAAGCUAAAUAUGACGGCACUCUAUGUUGUUACGCGCUGACGCGGCUGACGUGUGACAAUCCAGUUAAGGUCCGAGCAAGGAUGUGCAACAAAAAUCAGAUCACCGAGUAUUAUAUGAACUAGAAUAUUGUUGCAUUGAGGUAGAAGGAGAUAGAAGUAUAAAUGUUUAACUACUUAGAAUCAACAUGUGAAUGCACCUUUAAUUUAUAAUGUUUGCUUUCGCUCAGUGGCGCCGUCAAUUGUUGCCAGACUGUACUACAAAACAUAUCGCUUAAUACUGCGUCAUCUAAUUAGCAGCUUCAAUUUUUUGUAGCUGUUAUAGUAGUACUAUACCUACGCAUCUUAGUAUUUUUAUCUACAAGGAUAUUUUUAAGAUAGAUGUUUAUACUAUAUUGAGUUUUCAAUAUCUUGUUACUAUUAAUAAGAUUGUUUAUAUUUAUAGAACAAUUUAUUUUAUUAGACGUGUAUUGGUCAGUUUGACAUACCUAAAAAUUAUUUAUUUGGGUCAUUCGUUAUUUUUAUUAUUAAAAGACAUUUUUGAUUACA